AAGCAGUUCCCUGAACAUUGUGUCCUUGCCACGGCCGUCAUGCUCCCUCUCCGCCUAACAUCUCCUCCGCCCUCUACACUAGUUUGAUCACGAUGGCAGUUGUAUAUUAUUUCAGUCGCAGACGCCAUCCGGGGGCAACAAUGGAUUCUUCCAAUAUCAGCCAUCUGAGACAAAUGCCACGCCACAGUAGAUAUCUUGAACGGACUCAAGCUUGCUUUCGUCGAAAUCAUGCAAGGGACGUGUUUUGAAACCCGUGGAAUUCUGGAAUCUGACCUGGGAGCACCGGAUGAUCCCGCUACGCCGAAAGACCCUUGGUUCAAUAAGUUCAAAGCCAUUAUGGCGGGUGUUUUUGGCGUUUGUACCGCUAGUGACUAUGUUCUUCUGGUACAGCACAGCAGGAGUUUAUAUACAAGGCCUACUGGGAUUUCAGUUAGCCGUUUGGUUUUCUAUGGCGGCUUUGCAGCGGGGUUAACUGCAACAGGAGGAUUGUUUGGAGCUACUGUAGCAGCGGGGGUAUUAUACAUAGUUCUGUUGGGGCGCCUCUUUGCCUUGUUGAUUAAGGUGCUUAACUCCAUCUGGGAGAGCAUCAAGAAUGCUGUAGUUUGAGUUUG